AUGCGGCCUGUCAUCGACUAGUCGACAACAAAAGCUUCAAGGUAUGAUCCAGUCCUCAUUCAUUACUUGUUUUUUAAGUAUAACCAUUUCCUUACAGUCAAUUUGUGCCUUUGACAAGCAUCACUUGCAUGAGUUUCUCGCACAAGAUUUUUCUUGCCUACCUUCCCCAUUGCAUUUUUCUCACACUAUUGCUCUGAUUCAUUCCCAAACACAUGAAAUUUUCCAUAGAAAUUCCUACUCACUGCAAUCUAACAGAUCUCUUUUAACCUUGAUCAAGUUUUGCAUAUUAAGACGGGCAAUCUAGCCUGAUUCCAUGUAAUAGGUUGUCCUGUGCUGUGAUCCAGAUCAGAUCUAGAAACAAGGCUGUUUCUUGGAAGGACUAAUCAUAUCGAAAUCCAUCAUUUAUAAUAUGCCAACAUGGUUAGAUUUGCAGGGACAAAUUUGCUGGACUGAAGCCCUUGGAUUGAUUUGAAUGAAAAAGUGGUGACAGGAAAUCGACUGACCCACUUUUGUUAGCCAAUAUUUAGAAGGGAAAAAAAAAAGAAAGAAAGAAAAAAGUUUACACUCCCACCAUUGCUGUUGCUUCAAGUUAAAUCAUUUUUCUUCAUUUACAGGUACAGUUCCAUUCUUCUUGCAACAAAAACUUCUUGCUUUGUGUGCUGUUCUUCUCUCAAUCUAAAAUAAAAUAAAACUGUUUCUUUUCUGUUUCCCAAGAUCCAAUCUCGUGUCUGAUUUAGGGUUCAUGAGAUGCUGAUCUGAAUUUACAGGCGAUGAAAGAAGUGAAUCCAACAGACCCGAUUGGGCAGAACGCCAUUAAGCUCAUAAGCAAUGUCUGCUUCUCUGUGUUCGUCCUGUCAGUGCUGAUUCUCAGCGUCGUAGCCAUUACAUAUCAACCCCCUGAUCCAUGGGAGUCUGCCAGGGCACUCACCAAGGUCUUCACCGACGUCGAAAACGCCACUUUUCAGGCCGACACUUCCGUCCUCAAAACCGGCGAGGACAUCGCCCUGCCGCCCCUUCCUCCACCGCCUGCCGCCGCGCCGGCGCCGGCGCCGACAGCUGAGUUUAGUACUGCAGGAAAGUCCGAGGAUGAUGUUUCGAUGAAAUCAGGCUGCCAGAAUGGAUCGCCGGUGAAUUGCUCCGAUCCUAAAGUUCUUACAGCAAUCAAGAGGUUUAACUCGAAGUUCUUUAAGGCCAUUGUGUUCUUGGAGUAUCAAAAACCGGUGAACGGAUCGAGGAGCGACGAAUGCGACGUCGCCUGGCGAUUCAGGAACAAGAAGGAGCGGUCGUGGCGGCGGUACAGGGACUUCCGGCGAUUCACUGUUGGUUUUAAGGAUGAUUGUAGCUACAAGGUGAUCCGCGCUGGCAGAUGGCAUUCCGGCGUCAAUGCGCGUCCUCCUCGGAUUCGAUCGAAUGCAACGAGGAAGGGUCCGAGGGCAAAGAUUGUCCCCGGAAUUAAGGACAACGAGAUCAACGAUACGGUGCCGGAGUUGGGACCGGACUUUCGGAAGGGACGGUAUUUGUACUACUCGAGAGGCGGCGAUCAUUGUAAAGGGAUGAAUCAGUAUCUGUGGAGCUUCUUGUGCGCGCUCGGUGAGGCGCGGUUCUUGAACCGAACGUUCGUGAUGGACUUGCGCAUUUGCUUGUCGUCAACAUACACGAAGAGCGGGAAGAAUGAGGACUCGAAGGAUUUCCGAUUCUACUUCGACUUCGAGCAUUUGAAGGAGACGUCACCAAUCGUCGAGGAGCGCGAGUUCUUGAACGAUUGGAAGAAAUGGGACGGGAGCCAUCGUCGUUCGAAGGCGACGGUGAGGAAAGUCAAAGGCUACAAAGUGUCGCCGAUGGAUCUGCGGAAGGACAAGAGCACUGUGAUAUGGCGACAAUUCGACGACCCCCUCGAGUCGAACAAUUAUUGGUACCGGGUCUGCGAGGGCGCGGCGGGGAAUUAUGUCGAGCGGCCGUGGCGGGCGCUGUGGAAGUCGAAGAGGUUGAUGAACAUCGUCACCGCGGUAAGCGGGAGCAUGGAUUGGGAUUUCGACGCCGUCCACGUCGUCCGGGGAUGGAAAGCGGAGGACAAGAAGAAAUGGCCGAAUUUGGACGUCGACACGUCUCCGAUGGCGUUGGUCGAGAAGCUCCGGUCGAGGGUCGGGGCGUGGCGAAACUUGUACGUGGCGACGAACGAGGAGUUUUCGGGACAUUUCGACAAGUUACGGUCGCAUUACAAGGUGCAUUUGCUCGACGAUUAUCGGGAGCUGUGGGGGAACACGAGCGAAUGGUACAACGAGACGACGGCGCUCAAUAUGGGCCGGGCCGUGGAGUUCGACGGCUACAUGAGAGUCGCCGUCGACACCGAGGUUUUGUAUCGGGCCAAGAAACGGGUCGAGACGUUCUAUGAUCUUACAAGGGAUUGUAAGGAUGGGAUCAACACUUGUUGAUGGAUUAAUGAAGUUCGAAAAUUGUCGAUCCGUAGAACAACGCUGUUAAAGCCAUACAGGCAACCUCAACGAAGUUAAACCAUAAUGAAUACGAAGGAAUGGUCGAGAAAAUGUAGUAAAGGGGGUUAGUAGUUAGUACAUUCAUUUAAUUUGACACGUUUAUUUUUUUUUUUGGCUAUAAAUUUUUAAUUUUUUUGUUUAUGUAAUUAUUUAUUUUUAACGCAUAUUAUAUAUUCCAUUUGUCCCAUAAGAC